AUGGGAAAGGUCCACGGAUCCCUCGCUCGUGCCGGAAAGGUCAAGUCGCAGACACCAAAGGUCGAACCCCAGGAGAAGAAGAAGACCCCCAAGGGCCGCGCCAAGAAGAGAAUAACUUAUACCCGCCGAUUCGUGAACGUCACGAUGACCGGUGGCAAGCGAAAGAUGAACCCCAACCCGACCACAUAG